AUGGCCGGGGAACAGGAAGCACUGAUUCUCAGCAGUAACGAUUGGGGACAUGAACCACUUAUUAUCAGCAGUAAUGGCGAAGAUGAACCCCUGACUCUCUGCAGUAAUGGCCGGGGAACAAAAACCGCUGAUUAUCAGCACAGUAACGGCCGGGGACAGAAACCACUGAUUAUCAGCAGUGAUGGUCGAGAACAGGAACCACUGAUUCUCAGCAGUAAUGGGGAACACGAACCCCUGACUCAGCACACUGACGGCCGGGGACAGGAACCACUGAUUAUCAGCAGUAAUGGUCGAGAACAGGAACCACUGAUUAUCAGCAGUGACGGCCGGAGACAGGAACCACUGAUUAUCAGCAGUAACGGCCUGAGACAGGAGCCACUGAUUAUCAGCAAUAACGGCCGGGGACAGGAACCACUGAUUAUCAGCAGUGACGGCCGGAGACAGGAACCACUGAUUAUCAGCACUGACGGCCGGGGACAGGAACCACUGAUUAUCAGCACUGACGGCCGGGGACAGGAACCACUGAUUAUCAGCAAUAACGGCCGGGGACAGGAACCACUGAUUAUCAGCAGUAAUGGUCGAGAACAGGAACCACUGAUUAUCAGCACUGACGGCUGGGAACAGGAACCACUGAUUCUUAGCAGUAAUGGGGAACACGAAUCAUUGAUUCUCAGCAGUAACGGCCGGGGACAGAAACCACUGAUUAUCAGCAGUAAUGGUCGAGAACAGGAACCACUGAUUCUCAGCAGUAAUGGGGAACACGAACCCCUGACUCAGCACAGUGAUGGUCAAGAACAGGAACCACUGAUUCUCAGCAGUGAUGGCCGGAGACAGAAACCACUGAUUAUCAGCAGUAAUGGUCGAGAACAGGAACCACUUAUUAUCAGCAGUAAUGGUCGAGAACAGGAACCACUGAUUAUCAGCACUGACGGCCGGGAACAGGAACCACUGAUUCUUAGCAGUAAUGGGGAACACGAAUCAUUGAUUCUCAGCAGUAACGGCCGGGGACAGAAACCACUGAUUAUCAGCAGUAAUGGUCGAGAACAGGAACCACUGAUUCUCAGCAGUAAUGGGGAACACGAACCCCUGACUCAGCAGUAA